AGCAGUUGAUAACUGGCAUCGUACAGCAGCUAGCGGUGAUGUUCUGGAAGUUUUUCAAAAUAUUAUAAUAUUCCGGUCCCCAAUUUUUUUGCCCUUUCUUUUGUUUUACAAUAAUAUGCUAGAGUACAUUGUACUCCUGGGGGUGGUGGCCCUUAUCACACUUGCUCUGUUCUGCCUCACCGAAGCAGGCACUAAAGAGACAAGCUUUGAAGAGGCUCUUGCUGAGCAAAGACUUCUCCACAAAGAUGGAUCAAAUGCCAAGAACAAAAAGCCUAAGACUACUAAGAAAGUGAGACCUUCACGUCCCCGUGCCAGCCAGGCUACUGAGGGUGGGGCCCCAACCCGCUCUACAUCCACUGGUCACGACUCCCCUGGUACAACAACAGAAGAUGAAAACCAUGAGGAGCUGCUGUUGGCUGAACAGCGACGCCACCAAGAACUCAAGCGCCUACAGGCCGAGGAACAGCGCAGACAGGCUGAGCUGCAGGAGCAGCAGAAGAAACUUGAAGAAGCGGCGCAACUCGAAAAACAGAAACAGCUGCAGCUUGAGCAACAGGAGCAGCUUAAAAAGCAACAGGUGGAGCAGCAGCUAAAGGAGAUGGCUGAACAGGAGGCCAAAAAGAAUGAGAAGAAGAAGAAGCAAAUGAAGCCUGAUGAUUCGAAGGCAAAACAGACGAGGCCAAGCAAGGCAACGGGGCUCAUGAACGGCGUCCACACGGAGGUGCGUGCUGCUCUGUACCCACCACGCUUCUUACCAGCAAGCGUGCAGACGAUCCUACGUACGCUGGAGGAGGCGCAGCUGUCAAGGGAGCAGCUGCAGCAGGUGGUUGACAUCUUGUUGGCAGCUGCAGCUGACGGCUGCUGGUCUGACGCCAGGAAGGGACCCAGCGUCAGCGUCAAUAAGAAGCUCGAUGAUGCCUACGCUACCAUCGGCCUCAUGCAGGAGGCGCAGUCAGCACUCACGGUGACGAUCAGCGACCUGCGCACAGAGCUGAACAGCGAGCGCUCCCAGAGCGUGCAGCUCCGACAUGCGAUGGACGCUGCAAACGCUGAGCAGCAGCUGCAGCUGCAGGCAACCAGGAUGGGAAAUAUAUUUUCCAACGCCGUCGUCACCGUUACGUGUGACAUCUGUAAAGCGACCUUAUCCAGUAGGUCAGCCCUUCAACGCCACAUCAGAACCCACCACCGGGAGGAACGGCCGUUCCGGUGCCAUUUCUGUGAGUCCGCAUUCAAGCGCAAAGACUACUUAGACGAACAUAUAAUCAGACACACUAAACACCCCUAAACACACACAACGAAUUGUCCUCUUUAAACGUUAUUCGCCGUGACUGGCUGAAACGGUUGGCCAGCCAGUGAAUUUUUUUUAAAUAAUAAUCACUGUGAUUGUAUCAUUUCUGUAUUAGAACGUAAAUAUUCACAUGUUACUACCUGGGCAUUAAAGCAAACUGCAUUAAUUAAUUUUGACUCGCUACCCUGUCUUGCUUUGUUUUGGGAUCCCCUCCUGUGCUUUUAUAGUUUAAACUUCUGUUGUCCAUUGGCGAUCACUUAAUUUUAGUCCUUAUUUCAAUGCUACCGUAUAUAUUUCAGCUAUCAAUGUUCUACUCGCUAGUGCAUACGGGCACUAAACUCUAUGUCCGUAGUAAAGGUUUGUUUAAAAACAUUGAGGGCUGAGACAGAAAAAUGGGUUGCACGUGCUCGUAUGCAGCUUAAACAAAAUUGUCUUAAAAGAUGCUAAGUAUUUUUAGAGAUAAUUGAGAUAGAUGCUAAAGAGUGUGGGAGAUGCCAGCUAUACAUUAUUCUUCUUUAGUGAUCGUGUUGCCUUACUUGCAAAUAGAAAAAAUGCAAGUGUUUAACUAUAAUGUCGAUAGUUUUACUUAAAGGAUUGCUUGUAUUUCUUCAUGUGAAUGAUGGAGCCAGCUUUACUAGGGAUAUAUACCAACGUAUCGUGCUCUGAAUAAACAUUUUUUCCUUCUGUCAUUGCUUCGUUGAUUCUAUUUUUGCUGCCAUAACUAUCAUCUUGAAAAGUUGAACUUUUUUGUUUAGGAGAGAUAUAUUACAGUCUUAAGGAUCUGUUUCUUUAAAGAUAUCCCCAUGUAAAGGGCAACAUGUUUAACUGUGAUGUCGACACUUUUGUAACUCGGCUAACAUGGAAUUGGUUUCGUUUUGCCGCAGUAUUUCAUUGCGAUCUUUCGUGUUGUAUUUUAAUUUACUGUGUUUAUUUUAAUGAGUAAUCGGAACAUAUUAUCGACAUUUUUCUACUCGAGUUCUACGCAAUACGGGAGAACUGUGACGCCUGUCUUACGUAACGUAAAUCGUUAUAUCUUGCAUGUGCGGUGAAAAGUUCCUUUUUCGCAUGGAUUAAAAAUGUUUUUACAUGGCAUCGUUUUGUAGAAGUUUAUAUCGCUGAAUGAUGGAAGUCAGAGCGAGACUUAGAUCUAUCUUGCAAUAAUACCGUGUAUGGAAGAUAGUAUAUUUUUCUCUACAUUAAAUAUAUGUUGAAAGUAUC